AAAAAAACCGGUAAGACAAGACAUCGCACCAUGUCCGUUAUUGUUAGCUUUGGUCCUACAGAGCCAACAGGGAGAAGUAGUAGAAGAAGAAGAUGAAGAAGAAGAUCAGAGACGAUUUAGAGCGAUUCAUUAUUUUAGAUUAAUCAUCAGAGUAUGCGAAGAGAGUUCGAGCUAUCAUCAAUAUCAACAGCAAUGGGUUUUACUCGAUUCUCAAUCACGUGAUUUUGAAACUUUCUCUUCUCUUUCUCUCUCUAUAUCCGUCGUUGCUCUGAGAAACUCUCGUAACGGUGAUCCAUGGCGGUGGAUUUGGAUUCCGUGCUUCAGUUUCUGCGGAGGAACGGGUUAACGGAGGCGGAAUCUGCUCUGAGAGACGACAUCAACGAGAAAAACCAACUCGCUUCUUUCGAUUUCGAGAAGUUUCUGUUCCCGAUUCCGCCGCCGAUCAGAAUAUCUUCGGCUACUCUUCCUCCUUCUGAUUCCUCCGAUGAAAAUACCGGCGAUAAUGGGUCUAAGUCUUCUUCCGACGACGAGUUUGUCAGCUUGGGCUCUUCCACUUCUGGCUUCUGUUCUUCCUCCGGAUUUGUGAAUCCGUAUGGAGAUGGUUCAUCAUCAUCUGAUUCACAGUCUCAGUUUGGGACGGCUCGUACAUACCCUGAGUGGAGUGAGUUUUACUUGCAGACCAACAACAACAACAACAACGAAGAGACCGGAGAUGAAGAAGAUGAGUUCAUGUCUCCUGCAUUUAAAGAAUCUGAUUUCUUCAUCUGCCCUGCACUUACACAGGAUAAGUUCAUCACAGAUAACCAAUUCGAGAGUAAGCUUGGUGUCUACGAUAAAUCAUCCGAAGGAUCUCAAACCGAAACAAGUCUUGAUUACUUAGACAAGGACUUUCUUCUGAACAAUGUUGAGGAAGACUCAAAGGCCUACAUUGGUCUGGAUGAUGAUAAAAACACUGAGCUCGAAAGAGAGUGUUUCGAUGGGGAAUCUUUGGGAUUUAGUUGUGAAGAAGACGCAAAAGAUAACGAUGACUUAAAAACCGGUGAUCAGGUGAAUGUAACAGAGGAAGAGGUUGAUGUUGUUCAUGAGCUUGAAGAUGAUGAGUAUGAAGUAUUCGAUCUUAGAAUCAUUCACUGGAAAAACAGGACGGGAUUCGAAGAGAACAAGGAUCUACCGAUCGUGCUGAACUCGGUGAUUGGAGGAAGAUACUACAUUACAGAAUACAUUGGUUCCGCUGCAUUUAGCAAGGUGGUUCAGGCGCAGGAUCUACAAAACGGGGUCGAUGUUUGCCUCAAGAUUAUCAAGAACGACAAAGAUUUCUUCGACCAGAGUUUAGACGAGAUCAAGCUCUUGAAACAUGUCAAUAAGCAUGAUCCAGCUGAUGAACAUCACAUCCUGCGCCUCUACGAUUACUUCUACCACCAAGAACAUCUGUUUAUUGUCUGUGAACUUCUCCGAGCAAACUUGUAUGAAUUCCAGAAAUUCAACCAAGAGUCAGGAGGAGAACCGUACUUUAACUUGAGCAGACUUCAGGUUAUAACGCGACAGUGUUUAGAUGCUCUUGUGUUCCUUCACGGGCUAGGAAUCAUACAUUGUGAUCUCAAACCUGAGAACAUUCUGAUAAAGAGUUAUAAAAAAUGUGCGGUGAAAAUCAUCGAUCUUGGAAGCAGUUGUUUCCGCUCUGACAACUUGUGCUUGUAUGUACAAUCACGUUCCUAUAGAGCUCCUGAAGUGAUUCUCGGACUUCCAUAUGACGAGAAGAUCGAUCUGUGGUCUCUCGGGUGUAUUUUAGCAGAGCUCUGCUCUGGUGAGGUUCUGUUUCCAAACGAAGCAGUAGCGAUGAUACUGGCUCGGAUUGUUGCGGUUUUAGGUCCUAUAGAAACGGAGAUGCUAGAGAAAGGUCAAGAAACGCAUAAAUACUUCACCAAAGAGUUUGAUCUCUACCACUUAAACGAGGAGAGCAAUGAGAUUGAAUACAUAAUCACAGAAGAGUCAUGCUUGGAAGAUCAGUUACAUGUUAGUGAUGAAUUGUUCUUAGAUUUUGUAAGGAGUCUACUUGAAAUCAAUCCAUUGAGGCGUCUUACAGCUCUCGAGGCACUUAAUCACCCUUGGCUCUCUUCUUCUUCUUACAAUUGAUUUUGCGUUUGGCUUCUUCUUGUUUUGUCUGAUUUUUUUGUGUUUCUCUUCUGUUUUCUUAUCCUCUUGAUGAUCUUGAUUGUAAUUUUUUUUGUUUGGUCGCUUUAGUUUGGUAAUUGUGAGAUUAUAUGUGUAUAGAAGAACUGGUUGCAUUGAUUUUACAUUGUAAAUACAAAAGUUUGUGCUCUGCAAUAAUAUAUCAUUUUGAUCCAUAGUUUUUCAAUUCUAGAUCAAAAACUUAAAACUAAAUUUUGGAAUUUGGACCAAC